UUCAGGGAAGCAGACGCCGGAAGCGCGUUUCGCCUCGGCCGGGCGCUGGGAAGGAAUCGCGAUGGGCCGCAGUCGUUCCAGGUCGCCCCCGCGGAGGGAACGUCGGCGUUCCAGAUCCACCUCCCGUGAAAGAGAGAGGAGGCGACGGGAGCGAUCAAGAUCUCGGGAGAGAGACAGGAGGAGAAGUCGUUCUCGUUCUCCACAUAGACGGCGAUCCAGAUCUCCUCGGCGGCAUAGAUCUAGUUCUGCUUCUCCUUCCCGGCAGAAAGAAAGACGAGAUGAUGAGAAGAAGGACAGCAAAGACGUCAAAGGCAAAGAGCGACAAAUCACAGAAGAAGAUCUGGAAGGCAAAACAGAAGAAGAAAUUGAAAUGAUGAAAAUGAUGGGCUUUGGAUCAUUUGAUUCCACAAAGGGCAAGAAAGUAGAAGGAUCUGUAAAUGCUUACGCUGUAAAUGUCUCACAGAAACGGAAAUACAGGCAGUACAUGAACAGAAAAGGUGGAUUCAAUAGGCCCUUGGAUUUUAUUGCCUGAGAUAAAAAACUCCUUCACUCUAAUCCCUUCUGCGUGACUAAGAGGUUCCAUCUUCUCACUCAAAAAGGGGGUGGUUUUUGCGGAGAAUUCCUUGAAGUUAUGUUUCCUAGGCUGAGAGGGUAAUUUUUUUUCUCUCGAAUGUGUGUUUUGCACAAAACGAUUUCUCUGAUGUUGCUAUUCCACAUUUGUAGGUUUCUGCUUUUAAAUAUUGUCAGUUAAAUUAAAAAAGGAAACAGCUUGGUUGCCUUCUUGAGUAAAGUUGAAGUAGACUUGACUUUUUCCUAAAACACAGGAUGCAAAAUUUGAUUGGUAAUGCUUUGGUUCCUGAAAUAUGUUGAUGUUUACAGAAAUUAAGUUUUACAUUGUUGGGUUCUUUUCUAAGUAGCACCUGGAAGACAGACAGUUCUUAGCAGAGCAGUAUUUAACACAGACACCUCCUCACUUUUCUCGAGCCUUCAGUUCUUCAGCCAGACUCUGUAUUUCAAAGCCUGCAUUCUUUGUCUCUGUCCAGCAGAGGGCACUCAAACCACCAUGUGAUUGACUUAAGAACUCAAUUAAUUCCCUUGUUUGCCUGCAUCAUGUCCUUAAUUUCUUCCAGUGAUUCACUGGCAUUGUUUGAAGUAUUUGAUUUGCAUAAUUACAUCCCUGUGUGUUUAGUGUAGAAUUUAAGAAUAAUGAUGGAAAUCCAGAAGCAGGACUGACAGAUAAAAGGUUUCUAACUUGUGGGGUUGCGGGGGCGGUUUGCAAACCACUAUAUCUCAAACCAGAUAGAAGCUACACAGUAGAAUUUCACAGUGCUUGUGCUUUUUAGGUAUCUGUGGUGGGUGCUGUUGACAAAGGAGGAUGUGGACUGAAUUUUUUCUUCAAAGGCCUAACCAAAACCUAUCCUCGGUGCUGCAGUGGCAAGCAUACCUAAUAGGGAGUAAUGUUUAUUACAUUCAAUAGGAUUUAAUUCUGGGUAGAAAUAGGGUUUCUUUUUUGUGCUGUUAUUGAAUAGUAUUUGCUUCAGUAAUUAAUUCAGCUGAGGUAUAAUCCAGAUUAAAAUCAGAUGCUUAGCUUCCUUUGACCUAGAAUGGUAAUGGGAUUUAUUCCACCCACACUCAAGUUCAUCUCAGACAAACCUAGAAGCCAACAGAUACAAGGGUUAUGAACAGACAACAGCCUACGUAAGAAGUUCAGGGUGUUGCUUUGGCUACUGGAAUGUGAAGUAUUGCUGAAGGUUAUUCUGUACAGGUGCUUUUACUUCAAUUAAAACCUUGCAGCUUUUCUUCUUA